UCGUUACCGAGCUAGAUAAAAAAGAUUUUCAUUAUAGUGCCGAUUUCUGUAAAAGGUUGUUGUUAACCAGCGUUAUUGAUCUCUUCCUCAUUUUUGUUCUCGCUCUUCCAACUCACAUGGAGAAAGAUAUUUAUGUUAGACUCGUUCAGAAACUCUACAAUGUUUUGUAUGUACAACUUCUGUUGAACGUGGCUUGCAACGUUUCACUCAAAUGUUUGAAGAAGUUCAAACAGCGGACUGCAGAUGCUAGCUGUCCAAUAGUCGUGAAGUUGCUAUGUCAUCUAACUGAUUGUUUGCAAACUUAUGGUUUGCAUUUCUCUGAUAACACUGAGCAUAACAACAUAAGCAGUACUUCAGAUGUAACUGACUUCAUGAGGAAGGGAUUGACAGAGUUUUUGAGUUUGGUGGUCCUACUGUAUGCCCACAUAUUUCAAUUGUCAGACCUUAUUGAGCAGAAUUACGCAGCGUUGUCGCACAAUGAGCUGCUCAAGGAGUUACACGUUACAGCAAAAGUUGAAAUGAACAUCGGUAAUGAAAAUGGCGAGGUUGACAUAAUGCCGAUGAACUGGUCCGUUGAAGAAGCGAAGUUGUUCAUCGGAAGAUGGUGUCAGUCCGUCGAAACUCUUCAUCAAAUUGUUGACAAUGAAAAUGUUGAAAAAAAGCUGUACACCCCAGCAAUCAGGUGGCACGCUCCGUCACUUAUUUCGUUACCGAAUGAUUAUGACAGUCUCUUCCAAUAUUAUCACAAAAAAUUAUGCGAGUCUUGCAAGCAAAAACCAAAAACGCCAGUUCUAUGUCUUCUGUGCGGGAAGUUCCUCUGCUACAAUGUUGAUUGCUGCUCUAGGUCCAUGUACGCUGAACACAUCUGGCACUCGUUGGAGUGCGGCAACGGCACGGCCCUCUACCUAAACAUCGACACGUCACUGAUCAGCAUCGCUAAGGGACUGAGGAAUGCCACCUGGAUAUCAGUUUAUUUGGAUAAACAUGGUGAAGAAGAUAAAAAUCUCAAGCGUGGUAAACCACUCUAUCUAAAUGAGGAACGCUACAGCUUGCUUAACCAAAUGUGGAUUACUAACUCGUUUGACCAGUUCAGCAGACAGUGGAACUUUCAAAGAAUUAAUUGAAUUUUAUUAUAGCUUUUAUUAGAUUAUUUAUAUAUUUAAUUUAUGUUUUAUUGUUUGCAUAUUUCAAUGAAACACUCUCUUGGUAAAGCUCUGCCACGAAAAAUCUUUUUGAGUUUUGUCUUUAAUUGACAGCAACUUUGAAACGUGGAACGCAUUUUUAUAUUUAUAAUUAAAUAUAUAAAAGUCGGAAAAUUAAAAGAUAGUGUAAAAA